AUGGAGGAGAUCGAACUUUCUCGAACGAGCUCGCCUCAGGGCGACAGUGAGAAGAGAAACGCAGAACGCAAGAGAGCCCCGGCUGUUAUAGUAUUCACUUCUACGAGGGCAUUGUGGGCUACGUUCGCUCUGAUUUAUGGUGUCAGCUUUCUCCUUUGUCUCGUGGGAGCAGUCGUGCUCAGCAUGGACUCAUAUGUCAUGUCGCAUUUCUCCGGGCACAAUAUCCUAACCGUCCUGACCAUGGUGGUCCUCAUCGUGAGCGGCAUUCUCAGGCUCCCCAUGGCCAAGUUCAUUGACGAAUUCGGUCGUGCUCAUGGGUUUCUCAUGGCGGCCGGGCUCUCGAUCAUGGGUCUGAUCAUCCAGGCCGCGGCUCAAUCCCUCGUCACAACGAUCGUCGCGCAGGUUCUCUUCGGCAUUGGAUGGAACUGCCUGGACUAUGUAUUGAGUAUAGUGCUAGCAGACAUGACCUCGCUCAAAAACAGAGCCCUAAUUUACGGCAUCUACGUGACCCCUAUUGUUAUCACCAGCUUCGCGGCGCCAGCCAUCGCAGAACAAAUUUACUCUCGAUUCGGCUGGCGCAUGGCGUUUAGUGGUUUUCUUCUGGUCUUCCACGGACCAGAGGCUCCUGCCCCUGCGCUCGUAAUAUUCCAGAUGUUCAUUGGGUACUCCUUGAGAUUCUUCAUAGCAUGCAGUCAAAUGGCAGUCAUGGCCAACAUCGACCAUAAAGACGUCGCUCUUUCCGUGGGAAUUUGGGGCACGUUCGUCUCGAUAGCAGCGGCCGUCGGCUCUGGAAUCUCUGGGUCGAUAUGGGCGAGAGCUGUGCCCCCGGUCCUGCUAGAUUCUCUCCCAGCCGACAGCAGGAAUUUCACCGAGGCGAUAACCGGCUCUUCGGAGAACGAAAAGACAUAUCCGAUUGGGAGUCCGAUACGGGACUCCGUGGUUACAGCAAUUUGGGCAGCUCAGGAAGAAAUGGUCAUCAUGGGUCUAUGCUUUGUCCCGGUGGCUUUCGCCUGCAUAUUUAUGUGGAGGAAUAUCAACGUGAGGAAGAUCGACAACGGCGAGAAGGUGGCAGCCAGGGCUGUGAUAUGGUAA